AUGGUCCUGUUUCAUCCCUUCUUUGGAUCUUUCUUUCUUUCGUUUCAAUCAGUGUUUUUCUUUCUUUCUUUCUUUUCAGUCAGUUCUUUUCUUUCUUUCGUCAUUUAUUUCGGCCUUUCUUUUCUCCUUUCUUUCUUAUCAAUCAACUUUUCCUCCUUUUUUUUAUUGGUUUAUUUAUUUAUUUUAAUACGGUCUCUUCAUUCUUAUUGUCUUCCUUUCUUUAAACAAAUUCACUUAGUUUUAUUCCUCCGUUUCUUUCUUAUUUUCGUUUUUCUUUCCUUCUUUCUUUCUUCAUACACAUUCACUUCGUUUUUUUUUAUUCUUUCUGCUCAUAAUCUUUCUCUUUUUCAUCUUUUUGGGGCUUUCUUUAAUCAAAUUCUUCUUGUUUCACUAAAUUCAUUUAUUUGUUUCUUUCUUUCUUUCCUUUAUUUCUUUAUAUUAAUACAGUCUUUUUUCUCUUUCUUGUUUUCUUUAUUUCUUCCUUCCUUCCUUCCUUCCUUUCUUCCUUCCUUCCUUUCUCCUUUUUUCUCUUUCUUGUUUUCUUCCUCCCUUUCGUCUUUCUUUAAGAAAAUUACCUUUAUUUUUUUCUUUCUUUCUAUUUUUCUUUGUAUUCGCACAGCCUUUCUUCCUUUCUACUUACUACUCACAUCUUUCCUUCUUUUCUCUCUUAAAAUCACUUGCUUGAUCUAUCUUCUUUCCAGCUUUCUCGUAGUGCUUCUUUCCUUAUUUCCGUCUCUUUUUAUUUAA